AUGGCACAAACACAUACAACCCCGUGCAAAUUAGAUCAUAAUUUUAAACUAGAAAAGAAACUAUUAGAUAUGAAACGUAUGUUGAUGGAAAAGACGGAGGAAUUGAAGAGGAGAGACAAAAUAAUAGCAUUACUGGAAAACGAGAUUGACGAAAAAGAUACAACAAUACGAUAUCUCAAAAAUGAAAUAGACAAAUUUAGACAAGUCGUCAAACCUUUGACACAACAAAUAAUAGAUAAUCACAGAAAUGGUUCAGAAGAUGAAGGCUUUGUUAUAAAAACGCCAGGUGUGGAAAAUACCAGGGUGUUACCGCUUGGUGAACCACGACUCAAGAGAACUGCCAUAUCAGCGGAACCGUUAUCAUCGUUGACUCAAGAUCACGAACUCAAAUUGGUGAAGAUACCUAAAAGUAAAAAGUAA